UAAUAGCGGGAGGCCGGGUACUACUGUACGGCUGCUCUGCCUCUUCAGCCCUAUAAUAUACGACAAGCGCGACGCGCUUAGAAGUUGAACUGCAACAUUAAAUCUAAAUCGUUAGUAAGCACGUAUUUAUUGACUCACUGAUCGUUAUUUGCGACGCUAUUGAUUCUACCUGUUUCAAUUAUACCUUGUUGCAAAGUGCCGCUAUGUCAUCCCCCCCGACUCUCAGGUGCUCGAUGCCGGCUGUGGUGUCGGCCACGUAGCGUUGCGCAUGGCGAGGACCCAUAGACUACGCGUCGAUGCUAUUGAUGUCGUGGACAAUCACGUUGCCAAAGCCCAACGAAAUGUCGAGUGCUCGGGCUUACCAAAAGGCUCAGUUAGAGUGGGCAAGAUGAAUUAUCACAAUUUAAAUACAUUUGCCGCGGAUUCUUUCGAUGGUGUUUACACCAUGGAGAUCUUUGUACAUGCUACCAACCCUAAGGCUAUCCUAGCCGGCUUUUACCGCAUUCUGCGCCCCGGCAGCCGUCUUGUACAGUUCGAAUACGACCAUAAUUCCCUUGAUAGCGCACCCUGUGAUAUUGCCGAUUCAAUAGUGAAAGUAAACAAGUAUGCUGCCAUGCCCACCAACGCUAUAUCACACCCUAGGGUGUUCGGGCAGAUGCUAGAAGAUGCAGGCUUUGAAAAUAUUGUUAUCCAUGAUUUUUCUGAUAAUAUUCGCCCUAUGACACGGGUGUUUUUCCUUCUUGCUAUCAUUCCAUAUUUCUUUAUUCGCGUGUUAAAGCUUGAACGCUACUUUGUCAAUACAGUUGCAGGGGUGCAGUCUUACAAAGGUCGUAGUCGCUGGCAUUAUGUAGCUAUUUCAGCCACAAAGCCUGGCGAUCCAAUCGAAGGGUUAGUCCAAAUGGUAUUAUCACUAUUCUUCAUUGGUACUUUGCUGGUUAUAGCUUCAUCUGACUGCUUCUAG